AUGGGGCGGACACAGCAAACAGAGAACAGUGAGCCCAUUGAUAUCAAAGCAAUCCAGGAUAUGUAUAAAAAGUUAGUUAAAGAGUGCCCAAGUGGACUACUUUUUCUGCACGAGUUCAAGCGUUUUUUUGGUGUGGACCCAACAGGGGAAGCGUCUGAUUAUGCGGAGAACAUGUUUCGAGCUUUUGACAGAAAUGGGGACAAUACAAUAGAUUUCCUUGAGUUUGUGGCUGCACUGAACCUUGUUUUCCGGGGAGAUCUGGAGCAUAAACUGCGAUUCUCUUACAAAAUCCUCUUUCAGAUAAAGAUGGGCACAAAGACAGACGAGAGUGAUUCACCACUUACAGUAGAUGAGGUUGUGGAUCGAAUAUUACGGGCUGUCGAUUCUGAUGACGAUGGUCACAUUAACAUGGAAGAGUUCAUUAGAGGCGCACAGCAGGACCCAUGGGUGCUCAACAUGUUGAAGUUGGACAUGAACCCUGCUGGAUGGGUGCUGGAACAACAGAGAAGGAGUGCACAUUUAUGA